GGGCGGGACCCACAGAGAGUGAAGCAGAGGUGGGUAGCCCAGACCUGGACAGAUUGUGAAGGCGCGGGAGACCAAGCCUAAGCUAAGCCGAUCGACACAGUUGCAGGUCCUGAUCUUUGGGUACUACAGGAGCUGCUCUCCAGCCCCUGCUACUGGACCUAUGGAUUCUCCAUCUAGCGUUUCUUCUUUCUCCCCCCACUCUCGCUCUCCCUCUUUUUCCACGUCCCCAGUGAACAGUGACUUUGGCUUUCUCUCUGAUAGUGAGAGGGAGAGCAAGGGCACCCAUGAGCGUAGGCCAGAAACUCUUGGGCAAAGGGGAGGUUCCCAGUCCAUCCCCGGUCCUAUCCGCUGCAGACAUCGAACCAAGGUUUCCAGUAAUCAACAUACAGCAUCUCAUCUGGAACAGCGAAGCUUGACUUCUUCUAUGGCAGGAUCUGGGGUCAAAAGAUCAAGAGAUGGUGAACUGGAACCCAGUGUAAAUAUCCAGGGUGGCACCACAGAGGGAGACCUGCUCUUUGCGCAAAAGUGUAAAGAACUCCAAGGAUUCAUUCGUCCUCUCACAGACCUGCUGAAUGGACUCAAGAUGGGUCGCUUUGAGAGAGGAUUGAGCAGUUUCCAGCAGAGUGUAGCAAUGGACAGGAUCCAGCGUAUUGUGGGUGUUUUACAGAAGCCUGAGAUGGGAGAGCGUUAUCUGGGAACCCUGCUGCAAGUGGAAGGGAUGUUAAAGACUUGGUUUCCUCAUAUAGCUGCCCAGAAGUCAUCAUUGGGAGGUAGCAAGCAUCGGUUCACUAAGCACUUUGCAAGCCACCACAGUGAUUCAGCUGCUUCCUCUCCUGGACCUCUUAUUGAAAAGAUGGGCCAGACCCAGCCAAGACAUUUGGUUUUGAAACCAAAGCAGCCCUGGCACCUCACAGAAUGGCCAGCUAUGAACCUCACCUGGAUUCACACCUCUCCAAUUUGCAAUCCCCCUCUCAGUUCCCCAGGUACCAUCUCCUUUAGCCAUGGUCCCUUAGGUCCUGGAGCCAGCAUUGGUGUCAUCCUUCUCCUCCAAAAUGGAGUACAGUCCUCCACCCACUCUGCCCCAGGCACUCCAAUCCCGCCUACUGCUUCGUCUCCUGUCAUCCCUGGUGAUCCCAAGAAACUACCUGGAGAGGGGCCACGUUGCCAUAGUUUGCCGGUAACGCUGCCAUCGGAAUGGAGCUGCACCCUUCCCCACACUGGUCUACCCACCAUGGUCAGAGAGGUGACUAUAGCACACCUAGAGCCACAGACAAGCACCCAUUCUCCUAUUGCUCCUGAUGCUCAUCUCCUCAACCCCUAACCCAGGCUGUGCAACUGUCCUCUGAGAUUUCCAAUUAUGUAAAUAUAUGUAUACAUAUAUUUUUUUUACUUUUAAUGUAUUUGUGUUGAGGAAAAGAUAACUCCUUUCUGAUUAAAGACAUUUUUUUA